AUGGCUUUAAUCGAGAAAAAAAAUCAAAAACCAUUGAGUGCUCCUCCAGCCCCAAGCAUACGCAAUUGCCCCUCCAAUUAUUGGAGCCAGCAGGGGCCACACAACGGCCCCAGGAAGAGUGUGCCCAUUGCUUUGCCUCUUUCUCAUGGAUCCCAGAUGUCUGCAAUCGUUCCAGCCCCAAUUACCUGGACCGAAGCUGCUGCUCCUCCGCUCAGCAGCCGCAACACAAUAAGCAUUUCUAUAGAAGACCCGACUCAAGUACUUUCCGUCGCGCUAUACAUGUCGAGUAUGGGAGCAUUCCCGCUAGGGUGGUCCGCGUUAAGCGAAACCUUUUGUCGCCGUUCGAUAUAUCUCAUAUCGUUCACUCUUUUUAACGUUUUCAAUAUCCUUUCCGCCAUCGCAACUGAUUGA